AUGAAGUUCAUCAACGCGCUUCUUGUUACAGCCUCACUCACCCACGCCCAUCCGAAGCCUCACAAGUCAGACCGGGCAUUGUAUUUCCUCGACAGCGACCCCCAGGGUGCCUCUGUUGUCUCAAUCAGCAUUGCCGAGGAUGGCUCGUUCGGUCAGCCACGUAGGACCUCUACCGGUGGAAGGGGUCUUAUCAGUAGCAACGUGAAUGGCACUGUCACGAUGGAUCCCCUGUUCUCUCAAGGUUCCAUUGUCGUGAGCGGAAACCGCUUGUUCACCGUCAAUGCCGGCUCCAACACUUUGGCCGCUUUCCAUAUCCCAAAGGAGAACCCAGCUCGCCCAGUUCUUCUCGGAGAGCCUGUCGAUACUGUCGGCACAGUUCCCAACACAGUUGCCUAUUCUCGCAAGAACAAGAUUGCUUGCGUCGCCAAUACUGGAACCAAGCCGGGCGUCCAGUGCUUCACGGUCUCGGACUGCGAUGGCUUGAAGCCCCAGGGCAGUCUCAAGCCUCUUCCUGUCUUUGGCCAGACAUCCCCUCCAACCGGACCUCCGAACACUGUUUCCAACAUUCUCUUCAACCCUUCUGAGACGGCCCUGUUCGUCACCAUCAAGGGCAACGGUAUGGAGAAUGGUUUCGUUUAUGCUUACAAAGUCGAGGAUGGCCGUGUGAGCGAGGAAGCCGUCAAGUCACAGCCCAAUAACUUACCAGUUGCUUUUGGAAUGAGCUUUAUUUCAGACGCCUCAGCUGUUGUUUCCACGCCCGCUUAUGGUGCAGCAUUCGUGUCCAUCACCCAUGAUCUCACUGUACUCACCAAGACCAAUAUCACUGUCCCAAAACAAAUGGCCACUUGCUGGACCGCUACUUCCGCUGGCUCUAGUUCUGUCUAUCUACUCGAUGCUGCUGUUCCCGACGUCACUGCCCUCAACACAAAGAAUAUGGCUAUCGGACGUACUCUCCCUGGAUAUACUGCUGGUAAGGGCAACUUCGAUGCCAUUAUUAGUGGCUCCAAGCUCUAUGUUCUGCAGGCUGCUCCAGCGAUUGCUGUUUUUGACCUGCAGCAUAAUUCAUAUGAUCCAAAAGUGAUCGACCUGAGCGGGCUUGGAAACCGUGCCCCUUGGACUGGAAUGGCUGUUUACUGA